UGCAGAGCAGAGGACUUGGCCACGAGACGACAUGAUGUUUUAACGUCACAGAGACAAACACCGGAGACGUUUUGGACUUUGGGAGCUUUAAGUCACCCCCCUUUUUUGUUUUUGAAUUUCAUUUUUCGCCUUUUUAUUUCCUUUCUUUUAUUAUUAUAUACAUAUAUAUUUUUUACACAUUUUAUUUUAAUUUUGAAUGUUCUUUGUGUGAUGGCUAAUGUGUCAUCGGCUGAUGUGGGAGUUUUGUUUCUCAUCGUGGUGACAGCAUCUUUGACAAACGGUUCCUCAUCUAGCAAAGAUGUGAGCCAGAGGAAAGAGGUGGAAGCAGUUAAGAUGAAUGGGCUCCUGCCGGGCGAUGUGGACAACCUCAUCGGUGUCGCCUCUCAUGGUGAAGCGACGCCCUGCUCUGCCUGUAACCCACAGGGAGCCAGGAGGCGUUCAAAGAGAUGCACGUGUUACACUUACAAAGACAAGGAGUGUGUGUAUUACUGCCACCUGGACAUCAUCUGGAUCAACACACCAGAGCACACUGUACCAUAUGGUAUGGCCAGUUACCAGGGUGCCCUGCGUGCGAGGCGCUCCGCUGGGACCGAACAGGGGACAAGGAGGGCGUUGGGCCAGCGCUGUGUCUGUACACAAGAGGCUGACUCCAACUGCAGCAGCUUCUGCAUGGACAGCAGGCAAAGGAGGCCACCCAAAGCAGCGCCUAACAUAGACCAGAGGACAGCGUCUCUGCGCAGUGGGACUGUUUUAAAAUGAACAUAAGAGUGGCUUACAACCUGAAAGUUGGACAUACGUUGUCUUUACAUGAGGCAUCCCCUUGUAUGGUGCCUUACCUUCAGACUGCUGGAUGAAAAACCGCAAAGCUGCCUGUACAAAUAUUAAAGACAGCGAAAUGAAAGCGAGGGGUACCAGCAGGAAUGCUGAUGGAGAGCCAGUUUUCAGCACUCUCUGCCUGUCUAUGUCUGUGCGGCAGAUGGAUAAGACGGAGAAUGUUGUUCAUUAUCUUGUCACAACUAAGGAUGGUUUACAUGGCUAACUCAUGUUGACCAUGGAAGACUUUGGUAGAGCUCACACAUGGCCAGGCUGCGUGAUGUGAAGGCCACUUCAAGAGCUGCUGCCAUUUCACUCCACCACCUCCGUGUUAAAUAUAACGCGAAACUGUUGUGUUUCCUCAACGAGGACAUCAUUUGACCACAGCCAGUAACUCAUUUUUUUUUUUUUUUUGAAAUCACAAAAAAUCACUAUUUGUCACAGCCACUGAAGUGCCCAUAUAUAUAUACUUUAUAAUAACCAUCAUUAAUAAAUUGGAAAUUGAUAACUGUGAGGCUGGUUGGAUGUACUGCCAAAUUCAGGGAAAUGUCAUUGAAGACGUUUUAUGGAGAUGAACUCAACAUGUAAUUAUACUUUCCAUUCACUUCCUAUAUGUACCAUAAAGGUAUAUACAAUUAUAUAUGUGAAUAUAUCAACAAAUCAUUUAUCAUUAACACAAGUAUAUAAAAUGUUAUGUGUUCAACAAGUGUUAAAUAAGAAAAAACUGUAGCAUUGCUAAUAAUUAGUUAACAUUAUUAAUUAUCAUCUUUAAUUGUUUGUAAGCAGUGAAACAACUAUGAACUACAGUUUUAAUUAUCUGAAUAUGCCAUUUCUUAAUGAUGGUUAUAAAGUGCUACCUACUCUUUUAUGAGUUGUGAGUGAGUUAGUUUCAGCAGUGAUUGCUGAAAGCAUGCAGAUAUCAACAAUUCAGUGAAUUACUAAACUUUUCUGUGGUUUUUUUUUUAAGGUAAAGGAACUGGAAACAAAACAAGAAAAACUCAUUUUACAGUACUUCUUUUACAAAAGUGUAUCCACGUUUUGUGUGUAUCAAAUGUGUGUCAGUAUAUUAAGGCUAUAAAUUAUAUUUUCGUACACUACCUAUAUGUACAAUAGAAGUGUAUAAUAAGAUGUUGUAUAUAGAAUUAUAUAUGAAUUUAUCAUCUGUGCUGAAGAACUCAGUCGAGUUACAAAACUACAAUGUACCAUAUAGCAAAUUUAUUGUACACAUUAUUUAUAGUCUUUUUGUUCCUGUACUGAUUGAACCUCCAACUAAUUCCCCAAUCAACCUACAGGAAAGAUGUAAACAAUGACCACUCUUGGCUGAUUAAAGAUCUCCCCAGGAAAGUGCCACACAUUAUUCAGUUUUCAGUCAGACAAAAGGACAUUGAUUCCUUGCUUGAUAUUUGGAUUAUUCUGAAACACAUCUGGUUUUAUUUAAGCAUUUUUAAAAUGAAAUGACUAUAUAUUUAAUGUGCUUAGAAAAAUGGUGAAGAAUUUCAGUCCAAUGUCUAUUUAGUUGUGUUAACUUUGAUCAGUGGCUCAUUUUACAUCCACAGUGAGUUCAUAUCAGGAGACACUGAAUUAGACUGCAGCCUGAACAGCAUGCCAUGCUUAUAGCAUUGCAUAGUGCUGUUGAGCACACUUUACCGUACUAUAUCGUUAUCCUGCAUGUCAGUAAUUCCAACAUUCAGGUGUGCAGGAUAACACUCAUGUACCAUAUGGCAAAUUGAUCUAUAGUUCAUAUUUUGUAUCUGCUUAUGGACUUCUGUCUCUAUGCUAAACAUGGUGCAAGGUAUUAAAACAAUUGAAAACGACA